AUGAAACUACUGCAUUUGGAAGAAGAGUUCAACAUAUCUGUAGAGACAUUCUUUACAUUCUUCUUUGAAAGUCCUGGUUUCAAACAGCGUUAUCACUCAACAAGAGGAGAUACAACUAUUGAGGUCAAGCUAUGGACACCAAUGACUGAUGGGCGAUACACUCGCGAGAUCAUGUUCUGUUCAUUUAUAUCAAAUAAUCCAAUGAUCAAGAAGUUAGUUGGAGAUAAGGCAAAAGUCAGAGAGUUGCAGUAUUAUACAAUGAAGGAUAGUGUACUAAAAGUAACAUCAGAGACUUACUUUGAAGGAAGCUCAAUUGGAAAGUCAUUUACAUCAGAGUCUGAAUGGAAUGUUACACCAUCGACAAAUAGAUCCCCUGGAUGCAAGGUUGUGAUUGAUGUGAAGAACAAUUACUCGGGAUCAAUGUUUAGAAGUGCCCUCGAGGGUUGGGUACACGACACUACAGAGGCAUCUUUUAAACACUGGCUCAAUCUUGUUAGGUCACAGGUCGAGGAGUAUGAGCAGUCAGAGAUGUUGAAGCGAUCGGCACCGCCCACUCCUGUCAAGCCAGCGGCGCCAUCAAUGGGACAUCAUGUCAGGAACAAUGGUCAUGGAGCACAUCAUAUCAAUCACAGACAGGACAAGCGACCAGUUGAGUUCUAUGAUGAAGAUGACUUGGACGUUGAUGUCGUUGAGCGACAUCCUACAACAUCGACAACAUCAACUACAUCAACGACAAACAAUCAAGUUCAUCAACAACAUCACAGACAGAAUCAGCAACAGCAACAGAUGCAAUUGUACAAUCCACAACAACAACAACAACUACAAACUCAUGAUGAGGAUGAGGACGCCGAGGAGGAGUUGUCAGACUUCUCCGGCCCACCAUCGAUACAUGACGAUGACUAUAUUUCAGAUGACGAGGAGGACAGAAGCUCAGACGAACAGUUCUUUGACUCGAACGAGGUGUGGACAAACAAUGGCCUGGCCGCAGGCAACAGCGAUAUCAAGAACUACAUGGUGGCGCUCACCAACGAGCUCAGUUCAAUGAAGUGCGUGAUAGAGGUGAACCACACACGACUGCUCGGUCUCGAGACGGCCUUCUCCCAGAUGCAGACAUCGCGAUCAUCUGCACUGACGACGCCCAAUGGCCAGCAACCACAGCAGCGACAGUACCAACACCAAUACAAUGGUGCCAAUGAGGUAUUCACAACGACAACUACGACGACACACAACGCCACCAAUGAACUCAACGCAUACAUCACCAAGCUGGAAGAGCUGGUCAAGCAGCAACAGGACGAGGAGUUGCGCACCCAGGAGAAGCAGAAAGAGUGGGAAUCCAAGGUGGGCGAGUUGGAGAACAAACUGAGGAAUGUCAACGAGUCCUCCAGGCUGACGCUCUGGUUCAACAUUAUGGCAUUGCUCUUCUUCCUCAUUGGCUGGCCAAUCAUUGCCAAGAAGCUGUGGAAGUACCUUCUGCCGUUGUUAGAAUCCCUGAUGAAGAAGUAG